UCUGGAAGGAUAAAGCAAUAAUUGAAUCUAAUAUAGCAGUAUUACACAGUUUUCAGAUCGCAAAUGUUACUGUUGUUGAUCAUCACACUGCUUCUGAAUCAUUCAUGAAACACUUUGAUAAUGAAAUGCGAUUACGGAAUGGAUGCCCAGCCGAUUGGGUAUGGAUAAUACCACCAAUGUCAAGCUCAGCCACAUCUGUUUUUCAUCAAGAAAUGGCGCUCUAUUACUUAAAACCUUCUUACGAUACACAAGAACCAGCAUGGAAGACCCAUAAAUGGAGAAAGGGAGCUAACCAUGACCUUGUAUUUCAGAAACCUCGCAGAAAAUUUCACUUUAAACAAAUUGCACGAGCUGUGAAGUUUACGUCAAAGCUGUUUGGAAGAGCAUUGUCAAGAAGAAUAAAGGCAACAAUUCUAUUUGCAACAGAAACGGGAAAGUCACAAAUGUACGCAGAAAAACUAGAUAUAGUGUUUGGACAUGCUUUUCAUUCUAAGAACCAGGACGAAGAAGAUGCCUUUGAAACCUAG